UGGCUGCACAGGGUGUUAAAUGUCUUGUUAUUUGGCUGCUCUCUUUGGUUUCGCUUGACCACUCCAGUCUGUUGCUCCUGAUCCCCUCACAAUCUGUUUGCUCCUUGCACACUCUGAUAACACCUUCCUGGGACUCCCAGCAGCUGAGCUGGGGCUCUUUAAGGUUACUUCUCCAGAUUACAGCAGUCUAAGAACAAGCCUAUCAGCUAGGUACCUUGUUAUCCCAUUAUUCCCCAUUUGCUUAUGCCCAGCCUGUAGUUUUCAAGACUGCUUUACUCUCGCAGUUUGCUGAAGCUUCCCUUCUCUUGGAUCUUCUUCCAGUUUUCUCUCCUGGCUGUGUCCAUGAGCCCCCUUUUCACCAAGUCCUGUGGGCUGUUUUCUUCCAAACAGCAGCACUGCCCAGCAGUGCUUCUUGUGCUUGGGCAGGGAAGCUCCCACUCCUCUGUGCUCUUCUGUAGCUACACAGAGGGUGCAGAACAAACCUAGUGCUUGCCUUUGGACCUAUUUCCUCUCUGAAGAUACCUGUGUGUCUCCAGUGUUUUUUAGGCUCCGACAACACAAGCUGCUUGGUGCUGUCUUAGAGCUGUCAUCACCUGGGUGCUACCCUAACCCAGCUGCUUUGUGAAUUCCUGUCCUGUUUGGUAAAGUUGCCUCUUUGGUAGUAAGGAACCUGGGGAUGGCCAGGAUGUCCUCCCAGGCCGAGAACUGAGUCAGUGUGCAAGGCCAGCAGGUGAACAUGGCUUUCAAGAAAUGAGAAACGAGACAGGAGGGGGUGUUUACCACAGCACAGCCAGGACCUGCCGACACAGCACCACCUGCUCCAGCUAAGGUUGAGGUUGUACUGGGACAGUCUCACAUCUGGGGCUAGCGUUUUUGUUCCUCUUUUUCCUUCAUUUUUUAUUGGCUCACCAACUCUCAAACUGCUCCUACACAAUAGUAUCGGCAUAAAAAUGUAUUUUGUUUACAGCAGACCUUUGACUACAUGAACUGGAAGGCUGUGGAAAGAACAUAUUUUGGGAAUGUCUCUUAAAAGACUCAAUCGACUUGGAGACCACUUUCUCUUUUGUCCAGUGAUAAAGGAAAAACCUCUCUGCUUUGAGGCCUGUUUCUAAGAAAGCAGAGGCAACUGUUUUUCACCACACAUUGACCAUUAAUACCAGUCCAUCCAACAAAACAUGAAGACUAAAACCAAAGGAAAGAAACAAAGGCAAACCACUGACAAAGAAGCGUUUUCCGAAGAGCCAGCAAUGAGAAAAAAGGAACUGGUGAAAUGUCUGCGGCGCAAAGAAAGGAGGAAUGGGGGGAACAAGGAGAGCAGCAAGAGCCCCCCAGGCAGAGGCAGGCGUGCUUGGAGCAGCAAGGACAGGCUGCUGAGGAGGCUGGAGAGCAACGAGCGUGAGAGGCAGAGGAUGCACAAGCUCAACAACGCCUUCCAGGCCCUGCGCGAGGUCAUCCCUCACGUGAGGGCCGAGAACAAACUGUCCAAAAUAGAGACUCUCACUCUGGCCAAAAACUACAUUAAAUCCUUGACCUCCAUUAUACUCAAUAUGUCCAACGGACACUUCCCAGCAGUAGAAGGGAUGGGGGGAGCCUGGGGAUCCAAAUUGUACCAGCAUUAUCAACAGCAGCAUGGGGAGGAUGACCAUGAGGAAAAUCUACAGAAAUAUUCCACAUAGAUUCAUAACUUCAGCCAAAACACCAACUGCCAGCUGCUACUGUCAUUGUUUUUCCUUCUUACAUCAUAAUACAUGUCAUUACCUAGAGGUUAUUUUUGCCUCCAGUCUCUCCUUUUUUCUUAAAAAGACGAACAUGUAACUCGUGACUAUAGUUUAUAUGGCACAUUAAAAAAUUAUCUUAAACCCCCAGAAUUUUUCAGAGCAUAAUGAAUGUGUUUGUGUGCCAGGGUCUGGAAACCUAUCCUGUAACACUGGAGUUGACUUGAAAAUGUAAUUUAGUAACUUCUGAAAAUUAUCCCACCUGGAGUAGAAUGAGUUGAACCUUUAAGGUCUGUGUCAUCUGAGUUCCUUGGAGUUGAGAAUCUUGGCUGUAAUUCUGUUCACCAGCCUUUCAGUGACUCAUCUGCUGUGCUAAAGAGAAGAUUAAAAUUGAUGACAGCAUCUGACUUGGUGACUGAAGUGGCACAUAGGGGAAAUUGGUCACCAAAUCUGAAUAUUCAUCUUGAUCUUUAGCUUUGGUGGAUCUGCCCUGGUAAUCUUGAACAUUGCAAGGCAUAAAAGCAUCUGUUGAUGCAAACAUCUGCAAAGCUUUCUUAGAUUGUAAGCUCUCUAGAGUAAGGACAGUUCUGAUCUGUGUUUCCAGAGCAUCUGGCCUCACAGAGAUUUUCUCUAGUGGGUGUCUGGGUGCCAUUCUAAUACAAAUAAUGAAUAAGGGACAAAUUACUUACUUUGCCAAGACAAUGAUAAAAAUGCUUUCAUGUAGUCUUAAGUUAGACAAUGCUCUGGCCAGUUUAAAUUACUUCUUGAUGAAACCUGUGAUGUGAUCAGGUUCUUUCUGGGUUAGUGUUAGAUUCUGAUACUGUAAAGCAAUAAAUGAAGCAGAAAUUGUUCAAAAGGAAAA